ACAAAAGCUAAGGCGAAAAUCCCGACAAGUAAAGUAGCAAACAAAACAGAACAGAACAACCAUAAAACAAAACAAAACAAAACCUUAUCUCUUAUCUCUUCCCAACAACAGAGCUUUCACAAGAACCGAGUCUUUUUACGUCUCUCUCUCUCUCUCUCUCUCUCUCUCUCUCUCUCUCUUGUUGUAUUGUAGCUUUUCCCUUGGCUUGAUUGCUGAUUAGAAAGAAUUUAGAAUAUCUAAUCAAAUUUAUAGAAUUGAGCAGCAGCAGCAAUAAUGCCAUCUUCAUCGCUUCGAUCUUCUUCGGAGUCGGAGAGCAGCAGCCAGGAGUACCUGCAAAAGCUCUUAGACUCGGCCCGCCCCUUCCUCCGUGGCGAGCUGGAGGCGAUCGACGAGAAUUUGCCUUCACUUGUGGGUGUGCUGCGCUCAGUUGGAGCAGGUGAGUGCUGGCACAAGCAUGGCACCUUUCUUGACCACCUGGUUGACAUGUACCGCAUUCUCAAGAUAUGGAAAGCCCAAGAUUCUGUCUGCCUUUGCGGCCUCUUUCACUCUGCUUAUUCCAAUUCCUAUGUCAACCUCGCCAUAUUUGAUCCCUCAACCGGCCGUGACGUGGUCCGCAGCCAUGUUGGGGAGGCUGCAGAACGCUUGAUUUACUUGUUCUGCGUCGUCCCAAGACAGUCUCUAAUUCACGACGACCUUUUGUUCCACUACACAGACUCGGAGCUCGUUGAACAUCUCAAACAAUCUGAGGUAUCGCUUGCUGCCCCUGCCACUAAUUCUAAUUCUAAUAAUCAGGAUCAGAUUUUGGAGGAUCACUCAGCAGCGCCUUGGAGUUGGAGGAAGAAACUGCAAACUCUUGUUCCUGCUAAUGGGAUUACAGUGAAGCACAUAAAGACCGGGGAAGAUGUCUUGGUCUCAAGGAGGGUAGUUGCAGUGUUUCUUAUGAUGACAUUGGCAGAUUUCAGUGACCAACUUUUUGGUUUCCAGGACGAGCUGUUUGAUAACAUAGAUGGCCGCCUUGAGUUUAAGGGCAACAACUAUGCAGCUCUGUGGCCUGGCGAUGGCAAGCCGGGGCUUUGGAUGAAUUCCAUAUCAAGAAUGGCUGCAAUAUACACUCUGAUCGUGAGAGAGGAAGCGAUUUUUGUUCAAGAGAGGAAAAUUACUAAUGCUACUGCAACUGGAGACAAGUUGGACAAAUCUAGAGAUGAAGAUAUUGAGCUGGUGGUGCCACCAGUUUUCGACAAGUGCACAAGGGUUCUGGAUACCAAGGAGCAAUUAGCUGCAAGGGACUUGUACUGGGAAGCUGUUUGUGGUAUGUCGUCAUCGUCUAAGAGAGAGAUUGUUGAUGAUGGUAGAGGAGCUGAUGAUGAGGAAGCGACGGUGGUUCUGUUGAGAUCGUGUGUUGAGAGAAACCCUUUUAUUGGGGAGCCACAUGUGGUGUUGGCUCAGGUUUAUUUAACAAAAGCAAAGUUUGAGGAGGCAGAGAGAGAGGCAGAGAGAGGGCUGACUCUGAUGUUGGAAUGGGGGAGUGCUUGGGACAAGAGGAUGUCUUGGGAAGGAUGGAUUGCUUGGGCAAGAGUGCUGCUAAUGAAGGCAAGAGACAGAUCAUGGCCACAAACUUCCUGGGGCAUCCUCAACUUGGGCCUUGUCAAGUAGACACUACUCACUCACUCCAUACACACAUCCACCCAUCCGUCCGUCCGUCCGUCCGUCUGUCAUCUUCGUAUAUAAAUAAACAAAUAAAUAAAAGCUCUCAUGAGUCAUGAAUCAGUCCUCGUACGGUACCUUGAAUCAAUAAAGGGCAUGCACCUCCUCGAGCUCUAGCUCCAGCUCCAGGUAUGCUGUGUAUCAGUUGUGCGUGUGUGUGUAGGAAUGAAUGUUUUCCAGGACAGGACAUAUCUGGAUGUUUUCUGGACAUAUAAUGUUUUCUAGGACAGGACAUAUGUGGAUGUUUACAAAUAAUGUUUAGUGUCAUAUAUAUGAAGGAAAGAGUGA